CCGGAACUUGAGAGGACAGUGGAACGGGAUGUUUUGACAGUUCGUGUGGAAGUUUUGUAAAUAUUUUCAGUAGGAUGAAGAGUACACGUCAUUAUGCAAGAUAAGAAAGCCAGUGGGAGUCGUUCUGUCAAAACCAAUGGUUACUACGACGAUAGCAGGUCCUCAAACCCACCAUCGAGCAAUGGCCACAUCAAAAACCACCCCGAAUCUCACGACUGGGACGACUGUCUUCCUGUACCGAAAUUGAAAUUUCUUCCAGCGGCCGCAAUAGUUUUUUGUCUUGCCGUCGCAUGUUUCGUGAACAGUUAUGAUGGAGACUUUGUGUUUGAUGACAGUGAGGCGAUUCUCAACAACAAAGACCUGUUACCCGAGACCCCAGUCGAGCAGAUCUUCACACACGACUUUUGGGGCAGGAAACUGGAUUCCAAGACCAGUCAUAAGUCAUACAGACCUCUGACAGUCCUCACAUACAGAUGGAACUAUGCGUGGGCGGGAGACCUGAAGCCGUCGUGUUUCCACAUUGUCAACAUCGCCCUCCAUGGCGUCGUGUCCGUCCUGUUUCUCCGCGUCUUCUCCGUCCUUUUCGCCGGCCAUUCCACCGAUUCGCUCAGCGGUUACCCAUCAUUCCAAGCACCACGGGCUGCCUUCCUCUCAGCAGUGUUGUUUGCUGUGCAUCCCAUUCACACAGAAAGUGUGGCUGGUGUGGUAGGGAGAGCUGACCUUCUCUGUGCCUUCACCUUUCUUCUGUCUUUCAUCUGCUAUGUCAGAAGCUGUUUAAACGAUUGCGGUCAGAGUUACCGGCCGGCCAGUGUGUCUGUGUUGUGGAUGUUUCUCAGUGUUGUUCUGUGUGUGAUGUCCACAUUCUGUAAGGAACAGGGGAUCACGGUCAUUGGUGUCUGCAGUGUCUUUGAUAUUAUUGUUGUGUGUCGAGUGGAUUUAUUACAAGUUUUACAUAUCAGAAGACCAAUCUCAGCCAAUCAGAAUGGUCUUUGCCACAGCCCUGGUCCCAGGCGACCAACUUCCACCAAUCAAAAUGGCCAUUGCAGCAGUCCUGAGCAUAAUCAAAUACCGGCUGGCUGGCCCCCAUGGAUAAGGUCACUGAUAUUACGACAGAUAAUUCUGUUUUUAACUGGUGUGUCACUGCUAGUCACUCGAUGGAGACUGAUGGGAUCAGAGACGCCCGUCUUCCAAAUCCAUGACAAUCCACAUUCGUUUGUCAGUGGAACUUUAUACAGGUAUGACAACUUCUUUGAGGGAGAAUUCGUCUUCUACCAACACAAAACUCUACCAUACACAGUACACACGUUCUACCGCAAGUGUGGUGCGAAAGCCUCGUGUAACUGCGCAGUAGCUGUCCGCGUUGAUGAUGAUGUUGUAGUCUUUGAUAAAUGUGGAUCAGUCCACAGCACUGCAGACGAAACUCACCCAAUGAGCAUCACCAUGUACAAGAAUGGCGAUCUCUCGCCAGGUUUCUCCGUUUACAAAUCCAGAGGUGGAAAAUAUACAGUUUUCCUUCCCAAUGGUGCUGAACUCAAAGUGCGAGUGCAGAAGAGAGGAGGAUCCAAGCAAUUCAUCAACGUCUGGUUCACAGCUUCAUCCGCUGACUUCAACCAGACACAAGUCAAGCAAUUCCUGCUGCCGCUGUGGGUCAUCCGCGGCAUCAAUAAACAACUGCACAGCUUUCUGCAUGGUGACCCCUGUCCUUCCCGACGCGAGCGACUGUCUCACAGCACGUCUCACAAUCUCUGCGUUAUCUUUCAUGCCCCGCUCCGUCGCAUCUGGAUCUGCAGUCACGCUGAACAGACUCUGGUGCAGAACCAACUGACUGUUUCUAGGAAGUUCAGGCAGUAUCUGGUUGAUGAUCUCAUUGAAGUGUUCCCUGUGACACAGCUGCUGUUCUCAUUAAACCAGAGGAAAGACGAAAAAUUGUUCAGACACCUUGGUGCCAACGUCCAAGUCAGCGUCGACAAGAACUUUGCUGGGGUGGACCUGCCAAACCAGAAGAACAUUUCAUGGAUCAAGCGGAUGCUGCCUGUGACACUAUGGAUGAAGAUGGUGAAAUCAAAGAAGCCGUGGAUCAAACAGAUGCCGCCCGUGGCACAGACGCUGCCUGGGAUGAAGAAGACUGCUAAUGUUUGUCAGGGUGCUAAUUUUUCUAUGUUUUUCAGGGUGCUGAUAGUGUCGAUGGCGUUACUGGUUGUGCCGUUCCUCCCUGCGUCCAACGUCUUCUUCAGGGUCGGGUUUGUGGUGGCCGAGAGAAUCCUCUACCUGUCGAGCGCCGGGUUCUGUAUGCUCGUCACACUCGGAGCCAAACAGCUUUCUUCCAAACCACACUUCAGACAGAUUGUUCAAACUGGUUUUGUCUUCAUCACUGUGAUGUUUGUGAUUCGCUCUGUUCAGAGGAGUAACGAAUGGCGUACAGAGAUGUCACUUUUCAUGGCUGGUGAAAAUGUCUGCCCACUCAAUGCUAAGGUUCACUACAACAUCGCCAAGCUGCAGGCUGACAACAACAAUACCGACGUCGCCAUCGACAAAUACCGACUGGCCAUCAGACUGAACAGUGAGUAUGACCAAGCAAUGAACAACCUGGCUAACAUUCUCAAAGAUCAGGGCCAGUCGGCCGAGGCAGAAGAACUGCUACUGCGAGCCGUGCAGAUCAGCCCUGAGUUUGCUGCAGCAUGGAUGAACCUGGGUAUUGUACAGGCAGAAUUGAAGAAAACCGUAUCAGCAGAGUACAGCUACCUGCAGGCCCUGCGACAUCGGCGCAACUACCCAGACUGCUACUACAACCUCGGCAACCUGUACCUGGACCUGGGUCGUCAUGGUGAUGCCCUGAUGGCGUGGAGGAACUCCACCAAGUUGAAACCCACCCACGUGAACGCGUGGACCAACACACUGAUCCUGCUCGACAACCUCGGUCAGCAUGACGACGCGAUCCGCGUGGGCCAGGAGGCGUUGAAGGUGAUGACACGCGAGUCACAGAUCUACUUCAACAUGGCCAAUGUCUUCGGAAAGAUGGAGCGCUAUCGAGAGAGCGAGGACAUGUUUCUCAAGGCAAUACAGUUAGACGAGAACAAUGCAAGAUUUCACUUGAAUCUUGGUGUGUUGUACCACAGGUGGGGCAAACUGGAGAAUGCAGAGACCGUGUACAAGAAGGCUUUACUCCUAGAACCCAACGACCCGUCAACGGCAGAAAAUCUCAAAAUGUUGUACAGAAAGAUGGGAAAGAACAGAUAGGAUGACCAGUGCUAUUUAGUGUGAUUUCACAGUCACAGAUCACUGUGAUUUUUACAGCCACAUAUCACUGUGAUUUGACAGCCACAUAUCACUGAUUUUUAGUCACAGAUCACUCUGAUUUCACAGCCACAUAUCACUGUGAUUUCACAGCCACAGAUCACUGAUUUCACAGCCACAGAUCACUCUGAUUUCACAGUCACAGAUCACUCUGAUUUUACAGACACCGAUCACUGAUUUUACAGCCACAUAUCACUGAUUUUUACAGACACAUAUCACUGUGAUUUCACAGCCACAGAUCACUGAUUUUACAGCCACAUAUCACUGAUUUUACAGCCACAUAUCACUGUGAUUUUUACAGACACAGAUCUCUCUGAUUUCACAGCCACAGAUCACUGAUUUUACAGCCACAUAUCACUGUGAUUUCACAGCUACAGAUCACUGAUUUUACAGCCACAUAUCACUGAUUUCACAGCCACAUAUCACUGAUUUUACAGCCACAUAUCACUGUGAUUUUACAGCCACAUAUCACUGUGAUUUUUACAGACUCAGAUCAUUGAUUUUACAGUCACAUAUCACUGAUUUCACAGCCACAUAUCACUGUGAUUUCACAGUCACAGAUCACUGAUUUUACAGCCACAGAUCACUGAUUUCACAGCCACAUAUCACUGUGAUUUCACAGUCACAUAUCACUGAUUUCACAGCCACAGAUCACUGAUUUUACAGUCACAUAUCACUGUGAUUUCACAGCCACAUAUCACUGUGAUUUCACAGUCACAUAUCACUGAUUUCACAGCCACAGAUCACUGAUUUUACAGUCACAUAUCACUGUGAUUUCACAGCCACAUAUCACUGUGAUUUCACAGUCACAUAUCACUGAUUUCACAGCCACAGAUCACUGAUUUUACAGUCACAUAUCACUGUGAUUUCACAGUCACACAUCACUGAUUUUACAGUCGCAUAUCACUGAUUUUUACAGACACGGAUCACUGAUUUCACAGACACCGAUCGCUGUGAUCAACCGUAUUAGUCACUGUGAUUUUCAAUGACAUAGUAUUGUAACUGAUUUUUAACCACAUUAGUCACCAUUUUAAACUACACAGUAUAGUCACUGAUUUUCAACUACUUGGUCACUGUCCUAUUGCACCACAUUGGUCUGUGACUCUCAGCCACAGUGGUCUCUGUGAUUUUCAGCCACAUUGGUCUUUGUGAUUUUCAGCCACAUUGGUCUCUGUGAUUUUCAAUCACUGAUAAGUGAAUUUCAACCACAAUGAUCACUGAUUUUCAACCAAAACUGAUCACUGGGAGGUUCAACCACAUUGAUCUAUGGCUGUCACAGCAUUGACACAAAUAUGUUAUGUACAGUGUAUAACAAAAUAUAUUUCUGUUGUAAGUGCUGGACUAAAAACUUUACUCCCAAACAAUUUUGUCCAUGCAAACUUGUAUGUGUAAUACAUUUCCAUUUUUGAUGUCAGAAAUUUUUUUAAUUUUAAUAUAAGAUAUAUUUUUUAAUGAAAUGAAUUUGUACAUUUUUAAUUUUUGAAAAUUAUUAUUUCAAUGAAAUAAUGAGGUUUUUUAAAACCAGGCUUUCAAAUCUAGUGCUUUUAUAGCCAUGACUUUUUAAACAACCUGAUGUUUGUUGUAGAAAUAACUUUUAAUUGUGUGGGUCAAGCAAUUUAUUUUUUUACAUAUCUUGCCAAUAGCAAUAGCAAUAACUGCCUUAAUUUACCUUUCAAAAAUAUCCCACUACAUGAUGAUUGUAGUUUUUAUGCAAAAUGUGAUAUGUAAUUACAAUGUAAUUAAUUAGUACUAUAUAUGGAUUGAAACAUAUUUAUUGCUUUUUAAAAAACCCAAAUUGAUUAGGCACAAGUUACUAAGCCUUUUCUAGUACUAUAUAUGUAUGUGAUACAUUUAAUAGUUCAUUAAUUAACUAAACAUUAGUAUUACAUAUGUAUGUGAUCCAUUCUAUAAUUAAUUGGUUAAUGAAAUAUUAGUACUACAUUUGUAUGUGAUGCAUUCUAUAGUUACUUGGUUAACUAAACAUUAGUACUAUAUGUUACAUUAUAUAGUUAAUUGGUUAACUAAACAUUAGUACUACAUAUGUAUGUGAUACAUUCUAUAAUUGGUUAACUAAACAUUAGUACUACAUAUGUAUGUGAUACACUCUAGUUAACAUUAGUACUACAUAUGUAUGUGAUACACUUCAGUUAACAUUAGUACUACAUAUGUAUGUGAUACAAUCUAGUUUGUUAAUUAACUAAAGAUUAGUACUACAUAUGUAUGUGAUACACUCUAGUUAACAUUAGUACUACAUAUGUAUGUGAUACACUCUAGUUUGUUAAUUAACUAAACAUUAGUACUGUACAUAUGUAUGUGAUACAUUCUGUAGUUAAUUGUUAACAAAACAUUUAUGUGAUACAUUGUAUAUUCUAUAGUCAUUUGGUUAACAAAAUAGUAGUACUACAUUUGUAUGUGAUACACUCUGUAGUUAACUGGUUAACUAAACAUUAGUAUUACAUAUAUAUGCAUGGAAUAGCACAAUUACUAACUGACCUAGUGCACAUGUUGUGCAGUAACUCUGUGGUACAUGUCUACAUUUGCACACGUUGUGCAUUAACCCUGUAUUACCCAUCUAUAUUCAUCUAGUCUUAGAUAAUCUUGAAUAACUGUUAAACAGUUUUCCAUUACUUGAUAGCAGUUAAUUUCUAUAGAUUUUUGGUGGCUGAAAGAUUAAGGUCACAGACAUGCAAGUUGAUGCAACUGAUACAUAUCUGGUCAUUGUUAAAAUAGUUAUCUGUGUUCUUCCACUAGGAGUUGUAACUUUAAUGUAUCUUUCUUUUAGUGUGUUUCUUUUUCUGUCCUCUGUUUUUGUUGUGUCUCGCUCCAUGGCCAUGUCAUUUUCACGAUAGGGUGGCUUGAGCUGCAUGCUUAUUUUUCCAGCAUCAGUUUUUGUGUACUGAUUUACAAUGGCCUAGAAGGCUGACAAAAAGAUUUAAAGAUGACCAGUGUCUCUUUCUGUCUCUCUGACCAUAUAGCUAAUUGUCUCACUCUCUCUUUCAGUCUCUCUCUCUUUCAGUCUCUCUUUCAGUCUCUCUCUCUCUCUCUCUCUCUCUCUCUCUGUUCUGUUCUCUCUCU